UGUGAAGGAAAAAGAAAAGUACAAGCAGAAAAAUAUAGUGGCUGGCGAAAAAAGUGCACUUCUGGUCGCAAAUUGGCCAUUUUUUGGGCCUUGCUGUCCGCUGGGUGUAGUGGAGUGCGCACCGGAAGUCGGUAGGCUUCAGGAAGAUCACAUAGUCACGUAAGGGGAUGGUAUGGUGACGAGUUGGAAGGGUUCGCAACAAAAUGGAACAGUCAGCAGCGGUCGAAAGUCGCUGUCGUCUAUGCUUCUCCGCGGACGACCUUACCUGCCCUCUCUUCCACUCCGAAGGCGACCCGAGUCGCGAGAUGAUCGACAUCAUUCUGGAGUGUACCUCGAUACAGAUAACCUUGGAGGAUGACUACCCGUCGAGGGUUUGCGAAAAAUGCGUCGAAACGCUGGACAAGUUCCAUCACUACCGCCGGCGCUGCCUGGAGAACGACCGAAUACUGAAAUCUCAGCGCUCGAACUCGUCCCGCGUUCGCGUGAAACAGGAGCCAGAGCAGCUGGACGAUGAACCCGGCAGUCCACCAACCGAACAACGGCACGACCAACCGGCUCAGCAGGUCAAACAGGAAGACUCCGGAGGUUCCUCCAUCCUGCGAAGCAUUCUGCUCCAGGUUCGUGAAGCUGGACGAGCGGCUUCCACCGCGUCCGCCGAGCUGGAACCCGAGCAGGACGUCCCGGAAACCCCCGAACCCAAACAGGAAGAACCCCCGGUCGACGAAGUCGACGCCGCCGUCGCUCCGUCAUCCCUUCUCCAGCAAAUGCUGCUCCAGCAACAGACCUUCUCCCGCGAACUGAACCAAUCGCCAGCUCAAGCCGGCCCCAGCCAUCCGGGCCCGUCCCCCUCGCUCCUAAAGCGUAUGCUCCUCGAGGGGGGCGGCGCCCCCUCCCCCCUGGAAGGCCCCAGCCACCGUCAUGACGAUCAAAACCAGGCGACACAGUCGCCGCAGCAACCUCCACCAACCAAUCACCACCACCAGCAGCACGACGAGAACCACAACGAAGAACAUUCCGAGACGCCGCUGGCCUCGCAACUGCGAGCGAUCCUGCUCCAGCAUCGGGCGGCGGCGGCUGCAGCUGCGGCCGGCAGUGCGGCGUCCGCCUCGACCGGGGCGGCCACCCCAGGUGAAAAGCCGGAGGUGUCCUACCUGCGGAGUCUGUUCCUGCGGAACGACUCCGAUGGGAACGAGGACAGCGAUAGCGAGUCGGCCGUUGCGGCGGCGACGGCGGCGGCUGCAGCUGCGGCCGACGAGCCGAGCCGGGAGCUGUUGUUCAGCAUGUUCCAGGAACUGCGGGCCAGGAAUGAGCUCAACUCCGACGAUACGGAUGACUCGGCGGAGGACCGUGCCUUUGACUAUCGUAUUCCGGCGGUACGGCGGCGCAGCUCGGAAUCGACGACGACGACGAACGCAGAGUCUCGCAAGCGCCGCCGGCUCGAUUUUACGUGUUUGCUGUGCGGCCGGCCGUUCCUGAACCGGUCCAAGCUGGUGCUCCACAUGCGGACCCACAUCGCUCCGCCCUCGGAGUCGGUGGCUGGUGCUAGUGGAAGUGGCAGUAGCGGGUCGGUCACUGCUGCAGCAGCCGUAAUGGCCGCAGCGGCUGCAGCCGCCGCGGGUGAGCGGCAGGCCGAAAACAACGAGGACGACGAGGAGAGCCGCCAGAUUGAGCUGCUCGAGCGGCGCUCGUACGCGUGCUACAUUUGCGGUGCCGACCAGAACAAUCUGCAGCAGCUGAAGGAACACCUGUUACUCGCCCAUCAGGACCGGAUCCGGUCGCGGGGUCGCGCAAAGGAGCGCCCGAAGCCACUGAUCAGUUGCAACUUUUGCAGCCGCCAGUUCCGGAGCCAGUUCGCGUACGGCGAGCACCUUCGAACCCACACCGGCGAGCGGCCCUUUCCGUGCGAUCAGUGUGAUAAGCGGUUCCCGCGGCGCUUCCAGUUGCUCGGCCAUCUGUACAACGUCCACAAGCAGUCCUGGGUCGCGGACGAGUCCAAGGCGAAGUUCGUGAAGAAGUAGGAUUGAUGAUAACACUAAACACCCCUUUGAUGAUGACAAGUGGAUGAAGAAGUAGAAGACGAUGAUGAUGACACAGGAAAUGCUGCCUUCUCGGGAUGACCACGGUGCCAGGGAACGGAACGGAAAACCAGGUGGUCCAAUCAACUACGGAGAGACGACCGGGAAGACUGCGCAGUUUGUUGAAAAAUCUUCCGUUUUAAUUUUUUAUUUUUGAUACAUUUAUAACAAAAUGGAAAUUAUACCUUUUAUUAUCUGUUGAGAAGUAUAGCAUACAAUUUUAUACCGAA